AACGAGCGCUCAUAAUAAGAGGCGAAGAACACCAAUCAGCGAGGAGGUUACUUUCGCAACUGGAGAAGAAAAUCGGAGAUUGUAGACCGGAGACUAGACUUUGAGAAUGGCCGGCCGGGACCGUUAUCUUCCGUCGUCGGCAGUGUCAUCUUCCUCCUUGAGAUUAUCGGAAUCUCAACUGAUGGAAUCCGAUAGGAACCGUACUCGAUCUGCGAUCCUCGAGGAUCAAAUCGCUAUCCAGCACCGCGAGAUCGAAUCCCUUCUGGCGGACAACCAGAAGCUAGCUGUGGCACACAUCGGAGUCAAGGAUCAGCUCAAUUUGGCCAAGCGUGAGCUUGCUCAGCUGCUUGAGACCGCCGCGAAAGUUAAGGCGGAUAGAGAAGCCAAGGUCCGGGAGGUUUACCAGAACUCGCUGAGGAUGGAGGCGGAGGCUCGCGUGGUCAAUGGGAUCGGAGCUGAGUUUGAUCAGGUUAGGUCGGAUGUGCAGAGGCUAGCUGAAGAUAGGCAGAAGCUAACGACGGAGCUGGCGAUGCUUGACGGCGAGAUAGCUAAGGCUAAACCGAAUGCGGAACGAGCCACGGAGAUCAAGGCGGAGAUUGAGACUCUGCGAGAAGAAGUUAGCAAAGGAAGGGCUGCUCUUGAGCUUGAGAAGAAGACACGAGCGAGCAACCUUCGCCAUGAACGCGGUAUGGAGAAGACAAUCGAUCACUUGAAUCGUGAAAUUGUGAAACUUCGGGAAGAAUUAGUUAACCUGGAGACGAAAGCUAGAGAAGCCAUUGCAGCUGCUGAGGCAGCUCAACAAAACCCAAGCCCUGGAUUGGUUGCAAGUAAUGGAAACUCAGAUGAUAUUUAUGGGAGCCAAGGCCAGCAAUACCCUGAAGCUAAUGGUUCUCACCAGGUGUAUGGAGCCUUGGACUGUCCUCCUCAACAGCCGCUUACUUCAUUGCAGCAUCCGCAUAACAAUAGUCAACAUUCUAGUGUGCCUCGAUAGAGCUUAGCUAGAGGGUUUGAAUUGUACAAUGAGGAACCAGGUCUUAGAUUUUUCUUUCUAUCACCAUCUGAUGUUUUUCUAUGUGUAUUAGAAAAGGUAUGUAGAAUCAAGAUUGAAACAUUCUUUGCAAAAGCUAAUAUAAAUCAUUAGAUCUUCAUCUACAGAGCAAUUGUUAAACGUCAGGAGUUAUAUCGGCAUUGUUCAGAAGAACCGGUACUGAAACUUCAAGGCCAUAUCGAUAUUCCCAAACAAGUGUUCGGGAAAUUAUUGUUUUUUUUUAUAUGAAACUGAUAUGAAUUAAAUCUGUCACAUUUAAAUUUUAUCCUUUGUUUAUUUUGUAUAUCCCAUCUUCUUUUCUAAUCGGAAUCCUAAUUCUUUUCCGGUGUUUUUAAACGGUAAUGGUUUCUCUUUGAAAGACUCACAUUCUAGUUCUUCCAAGUGCUUCGCCUGCUUAGUCUUGCCCUUCUCUGCGUUUGCUUCUUCUCCUUGUUAUGCCUUUUAGUACAUUAUAUACUUAUUUCUUCUAAUAUAAGAGGUCUAUGUUAUUUUUUUGUCUGAAAUUUGGCUCAAUAAUUGUCA